CCGCCCCCCCCGCCCCCCGGCGCUGGCGAAUCGAACCGCCCGAGCCGCCCGCCAUGCGCCCGCUCUGCCGCGCCGGGGGGGCCUGUGCGGAGCGCGGCUGGGGUCGGGUCCUGGUGCUGGCGGAGGAAGGUCGUGCUGCGGCCAUGGCUCUGCAGUCGAUGCAGAAGGCGGGGGUGGUGGCGCAGCUUCUGCUGCCUCCGGUGGGCCCUUGCGCCUGGCCGGGCUUGGUGGACGAAGUGGCCCCGGUGGCGGCCCGCGCGGAUGCGGUGCUGGGCGUGGGCGGCGGCGCGGUGCUGGACUUGGCGAAGGCGGCCGCCGCCAUGGCGCCGCUGCUGCAGGCCAGCGACCGGUCGCCAAGCUUUGAGCCGCUCACCAGCCGAUUCCUGCUUGGAGCCGAAGGGCACAGCCUCCUGCCAGGCGCCGCGCUGCCGGUGCUGCUGGCGCCCACGCGGCCAACUGUGGCGGCCACCAGCGGCCGGUGCCUGCUCCACCCAGAGGGCGGUUUGAGCGCUCUGGCGCCCCUGGCGAUUGCGGGGCCAGGCCCCUUCGGCGUGGGCGUGGGCCUCCAGGCCCUGGAGGUCUUCCAAGUGCCUUCCGACGCGGCCAAGCAGUCCACACGAGGCACCGCGGCGGCGGUGGCACAUGCACUCGCCGUCUUUGUGGACGGCGCGGCCGCGGCGGGGGGGACCAUCAAGCAGAAGCAGCUGCUGGAUGACAUGAUGAUGGGCGUCGGCUCGAGCUUCUCGGCGCUUCGGCAGCCGGAGAGUGCUCAGGUGGACGCCUUUGAGGCCUCCUUGCAGGCCGGGCUGGCUGCCUCCGAGUCGGACGCCAAUGCCAAAGGGGACCUCUGCGUCAUCCACGCCUUGGCCUGCAUCUUGGCGGGCUGCCGCAAUGUGCCCUUCGGCUGGGCUUGUCGUGUGCUGCUGCCCCCGGUGCUCCGCGCCUGGGAGGAGGAGGGCGACGAUCCGAGUCGGAGCUUGGCGGUGCUGGCAGAGGCCAUGCUGGGCUCGUCUUCCCUGGCGCGGCUGGCGGAUUUCCUGGACGGCGCCUUCAGCGCGGCGGGGCUGCCGCCGCUGCUGCCCCUGGACCACGCGGAGUGCCCCGACAGCGCCGCCACGCUGCUGGCGCUGUGCGCGGAGGAGGCCCCCGUGGCAAACCAACGCCCGGCUCUGGUGGGCCCGGUGUCGCUUUUGUGGGGCGUGAAAGGCACGCGUCUCGAGCCCCACAAAGUCAUCUAG